CGAGGGUUUGGGUCCUAGGACUGGGGUGUAGAUGAUGCUUAGGGAGUGUUAGAUUCAUAGGAGUGUGACAUAGUGAGGGGAGAAGCUGGGAGCAGAGGAAGAAUGGUACAUCACCCUGAGGAGAAAAGUCUGGUGGGCUUUCAGGGGAUAACCCUGACCUCAUCAUCAGGUUUCAUUUCCUCUCAUCAGGACCUGUUUCCUUGGAAAAGAUGAAUUAAUAAUUUACACCUUGUAAGCAGAGUUGUAUGUAGGAGGCUUACUGUCCGCAAAGGCAUUCUGUUCACCCACCUGCAUCAGAGCGAUGUGUGACCGGAAGCAGAUUCAGUGUUGCCUGCUGCUCCCCCAGUGCUGUGUGAAGGGUUCCUCUCUUUGCCCCUCUAAGUCCCCUUGUGCCAAGAGGCAGGUAGUGGCCCAAGCCCCUUCUGAGAUGCAAAUUGUGGAAUACCCUGCACCAUCCCCCAUUCAAGUUUCCCAGGUGAAAUGCCAGGCUCCAUGUCAGUCCCAGACCACCCAGGUGAAGUGCCAGGCUCCAUGCCAGUCUCAAAUCUCCUGUGCUCAAUGCCAGGGCCCGUGCCAACCUGAGGUUUCCCAUGUGCAAUGUGAAGCCCCACCCCCUGUUCAGACCUGCUAUGUGGAAUGUGCUCCAACUUGUUAUACAGACAGCUGUUAUGUGGAAUGCCCAGUCCAGACCCAUGUAGCCUGUCCUCAGCCUGUUCAGCCUCAUGUAGUUUGCCCUGCAGUGUACCAGACUCAGCAAAGAUUCUUGCCCCAGCGUCAAUAUCAGGACUCCUACAGCAGCCAUGCUCCCCAGCGUCAAUCUCGGGCUUCAUUUAGCACUUGCGCACCCCAGUGCCAGACUCAGGGCUCUUAUAGGAGCUUCACCACACAGCGUUACUCUCAGAGCACGAGCAGAUGCCUCCCUCCUCACCAGCUGCAGCGUUCUUACCGCAACUGUUCCCCACCACGAUGUGCUGAGCCCUACUACAGAAGCCGCCUGCCAUCAAUAUGUUCUGCAGGUUCCUAUAACUACUGCACCCCACCCCGCCACUCUGAGCCCAUCUAUAGUAGUGGCUGUCCUCAGGGUCCCACUUCAGGCAGCUCUUGGAGAUCUGGACCCAAGUGCCGAAUAGAGAUUUCCUCCCCCUGCUGCCCCAAGCAGGUUCCCCCAGGAAAGUGUUCUACUCAGAUUCCUCCCAUCAGAUGCUGUUCUGAGAGUUCUGCCCCACGAUCUUCCUGGGGCGCUUCCUGCCCAGAGCUAAGGCCACGUGUAGAGUCACAACCACUCCCAAGCUUCCACCCAGCCCGGCGUCUGGAUCAAUGUCUGAAGCCAUCACUGCAGAGAUGCCCACAUCCUGCUCCACGUCCUUACCCAUGCCCAGAACGAUGCACAAACCCAGAGCCCCACCUCUGUCCUCCACCACGGCGACUUUUGGAACCCUGUCUGUGUCCAGAAUCACAUCCAGAACCACAUCCAGCCCCACGUCCUCACCCAGUACAAUGUGAACCAGCAGAGCCACGUCCGUGUCCACAGCACUGUGAGCUCCCAGAACCUUGCCCGGCUCCAGAGUCAGUUCCCCCUCCAGAGCCCUGUCCAAGCUCAGAACCGUGUGUGGAGGCUCGGCACUCUCCUAGCCCAUGCUUGGGUCCAAAUCCAAUUCCAUACCCAGGAGACCUAGGCUGUCACGAGUCCAAACCACGCCGCCUGGACACCGAGGCCCCCAGCUGUGGUUCAGCUGAUUGUACCCAGUGGCAACAGAGUGGUGCUAGCUGUAAACCUUGUGACAUAUUUCCAGAGUCACAGGGUCUUGGUGGCUGGAAGGACCAAGGACAACCUUGUGUUGAAGGGAAAAGGGGUACCUGUGCUGGAGUAAAGGGUGCCAAUUUUUAAAAAAGAAGUAUGGCUGAGAUGCCUCCUUCUACCAUGCAAAUGUUGCUCCUUUCUCAGCAGCCACAAUUUCCAACACCUUCCUGUUUGCAUCUCUCCAAAGACAUUCAGAGGCUGCCUGCUGCAGAGGUGAUGUGCAAACUUCUUUUCAAGCCACCUCAGGAUCCACACAUGGGUCUCAGACAACUUUCCAACCUCACACCUGCCUCCUCCUCUGUACAUAUUACAUAUCCUUAGUUCUCGUUAGACCAGUAUGGCCACCAGGAUGCAUCAGGAUGUUUCCCAGAACAUACCUUUGGUGUUGUCUCCAAGCUUCUGCUCAUUCUGUGCCCACUUCUCGGACCACUUCUCGGACCACUUCUCUGCUACUCCCAUCAUCUGAAAUCCAGCCAAUCUUUCAGGACCUCUUCUAUGGAGCCUUCUCUGCUUGCUCCUAUCCACAGAAGCCUAUGCUGACUUUCUAGAACUCAUUGAACUGUCUACACCAUCCACUUUGCAAGUGCCUUUCAAACAUCUCUUGAAUGGCUGCUUCGUGUUUGAGUGUGUCUGCCUUACCCUGCCAACUAGGCUGUAAACUCCCAUUUGAGUGGAGUCAGGAUAUCCCUAAAGUCCUGUGCUCCUCCUGGGGUGGGCAGCUGCUCAGCAAGGCUUGUGGGUAGGUAGCUCAAACCAUGAUCUGUCCUGAUGAAUAAAGAUGAUAUCUUCAGCCUGA